AUGUCUUUAAAUUAUAUCAAGAACUUCUAUGAAGGAUGUCUCAGACCUCCCACGGUAAUCGGGCAGUUCCACACUCUUUUCUUCGGCUCUGUGCGAAUGUUUUUCCUUGGCGUCCUUGGUUUUGCAGUGUAUGGAAAUGAAGCCUUGCAUUUUAGCUGUGAUCCAGACAAGCGGGAGGUCAAUCUUUUCUGUUACAAUCAGUUUCGGCCAAUAACGCCUCAGGUAUUUUGGGCACUACAACUUGUUACAGUUCUGGUUCCAGGAGCAGUUUUUCAUCUCUACGCUGCUUGCAAGAGCAUUGAUCAAGAAGACAUUCUCCAAAGACCUGUUUAUACUGUCUUUUAUAUUAUAUCUGUGCUGUUAAGGAUUACCUUGGAAGUGAUAGCCUUUUGGCUACAAAGUCAUCUUUUUGGUUUUCAAGUCAAUCCAAUUUUCAAAUGUGACGCAGCAUCCUUAGAUAAGAAAUAUAAUUUUACUAGAUGCAUGGUUCCUGAGCAUUUUGAGAAAACCAUUUUCCUCAUCGCUAUGUAUACUUUUACUGUGAUUACAAUUAUACUCUGUGUAGCUGAGAUUUUUGAGAUCCUGUACAGGCGGUUAGGUUUCAUAAACAAUCAGUAA